AUGGCGGCCGCGUGGGUGCGCAGCGUGCGGUGGGAGCAGGCGCGUGCAGGCGUGCGCGUGGGCGGCGGCUUGGCACGGCUGGAGUCGCGGCGUGCGCGCGAGCGUGGCGAGGAGCAAGGCCGGCGCUGGCAGGCGUCCGCGGCGUGGCGCAGUCAGCUCGGUGCUCCGGGCGCCGCGCGGCGGCGGAGCCCGGUGGAAGCGGCGCACGCCUCGCCCACAAACGGCACCACGCCGUUCCACCUCACCACGGCGGGCGGUGCUGCGGGUGCUAUCACGGCGGCGCACCUCCUCACCGCGGGCGUGUCUGCGGACGCGCUCGCCUUCUCGGGACUCUGCGCCGGCGACCUCCUCCCGCACGCCAACGCCACUGCCGAGAGAGGGACGGGGAGCUCUGUGUGCUGUUCAAGUCUCGCGCGGUGUGCCGUCGUCCUCGCCCAAGAAGAGCCUCACCCGGGGACCCGGUCGACCGCCGACCGCGACCCACCCAGCCGCUCGCCACCUGCGGCCGCCGGAGCACUACAGCAAGCUCCCCUGCCCGCGGCCGGCGUUGCCGCCCGCCCUGCAGCCGCCCUCCACCCGCGGCCUGGCGACCGGCCCCCGGCGUCCUGCACCCGCGUGUAA